AUGCCUCCCAAGAAGAAGAAAGCCACUGGUGAUGCUGCCAAAGGAGAAAGAGUCUUUAAGAACUUAUGCGCUGCCUGCCACUCACUCUCUGCCCAUUCAACUGGUCCAGCUCUAGGUGGUCUUCCAGGAAAUAACAUCGCUUCUGGAGAAGGAUUCAACUAUUCAUCAGCUCUUGCUGCUAAAGCUACGCUUAAGUGGACAGACGGUAACUUAGAUAAAUGGCUAAAGGCCCCUGCUGAGUUCGCUCCAGGUAAUGGAAUGGCCUUCGCUGGUAUUGCAAGUUCUAAGGAUAGAGCAGAUAUUAUCGCUUACCUUAAGGGAGGCUGA